AUGCUAUGUCAAGAUCUUGUGAGAGGAUAUGGGAGGAAAAAUAAACAGGCAUCUUGCCUUUUCAAAAUUGAUCUUCAGAAAGCCUAUGACUCUCUGGAUUGGAAGUUUUUACAAGAAAUGUUGACAGCUCUUAAGUUCCCUGGUCAGUUUAUACAAUUAGUAAUGAUUUGUGUGACUACAGCUAGAUUUUCUGUCAUGAUUAAUGGGGCUCCUACAAAUCUUAUUCAUGCUAGAAGAGGGUUAAGGAAAGUGGACCUGAUGUCCCCUUUACUGUUUGUGAUUGGGAUGGAGUAUCUAUCUAGAAUUCUAGCUAAAGUUGCCAAGCAGCCAGAUUUUCAAUACCAUCCUAGAUGUGGUAGCUUACAACUAACUCAUAUGUGCUUUGCAGAUGACUUGUUGUUGUUUAGCAAGGGAGAUUUCAAGGCAGCUUAUCUGUUAUUAAGAGGGUUCCAAUUAUUCUCGGAGACAUUUGGUUUGAAGGCUAAUAAGACGAAAUCUUCCAUAUAUGGAGUAGGAAUGCAGGAGGAGAUCUGGUAUCAGCUUACAGAGUUGACUGGCUUCCAGUGA